UAUUGCUACAGUCAUGGCUGGCGAUAUGUGCUGCAUCCAGUGCUUGUGACAGGAUGGUUGAAGGGACCCAACUCCGGGGGUCACUCAUCAUCCAGUUCUAGAACUUGACCUGUCAGGUGACAGAACCUAAAAUAGCCCUGCAGAGAGUAUAUAGAGGUCUAUACGCAGGCCUUGGAUUUCAGAACAGGACUUGCCCCGCUGUCUGAAACAUACAGGACACUGCACCACGAGAGCCAUUGACAAAAGAAGAAAGGCUUUUUUGAAGGACAUAUCUUAAUUCAAUUUCACUGCCUUUUGGUUUACAAUUUUACUGCUGAAAAAGGAAAGCAGAUUUUCAUCUGAAGUUUUUAUCUUUGAACAAGACUUAAUUUUCUUAAGGAUGAAGUACUACCAGGACCCAGUCUGCCAGUCCAGAGGUAUCAAGGCUUAUGGCCCCAAAGAGUCCAGCAGCUCUUCUUGCGCCCACUCUUCUCCACAGAUCAAACCAGUCCGCAGCGUCCACUUCCCCAACGACAUCGUGUUCCAGGACUACAUCCGGCAGGGCGAGCUGGACAGGAUCAGACUCUUCAUCAGAAAGAGGAGGGUCAGCCUGGAAACCAUCUACCACUCUGGUAUGGCAGCGAUCCAUGAGGCUGUCCUCUCUGGGAACCUGGAGUGUGUGAAGCUGCUGGUGAAGCACGGAGCAGACGUCCACCAGAGAGAUGAGGAGGGCUGGACACCUCUCCACAUGGCCUGCAGUGACGGAUUCCCUGACAUUGCCAAGUACCUGCUUUCUAUUGGCGCUGACCCUCGGGCGGAAAACGAGUGUGGGGAGACACCUGCCGAUCUCAUCGACUCAGAGGUCACGGGGGUUCGAGAGCUGAAGGGGCUGCUUGGGGUGGAGGACGACUGAGCUCUCCUCCUCAUCUAACUUUAAAACUCCACUGAAUCUUCAGUCUCCUUCCUUGCCCAGGCCUCCCGGGUUGACCCUCGACAAUGGAAUUAAAUGGACAGAUCGGUAGAACAUUGUCAUUCUGUGCCCUCCCUCCCUUGUAGAGGUCCUGGAGAAAUAUAUCUGGUCUGGUGGGAGGAAGGCGGCCUGCCAACAGUAGAUGGUUGCCUUUGGGAGUGAACUGAACUAUUGCUGGAAAGGGGCUCCUUCAGGCAAUCUCAGCAGGCAUCGCUUUGUAAUGCUGUUUGCAGGUGCAGAAGUUAGGUUUUGUACUUUUUUCAUACAGGGUGAACGCAGCACAGAAAUGAAUUAGAUAGCAGUCUGGUAAUGAGAUUUUUGAAGUACUUUAUAUAGUUGAUGUGUGAAAGCUUUUUUUGGAAGUUGUGAAACAUGGAUCUGUCGUUGUCCUCUGACUCAUAGGGCCAUUCUGAAAUGGGGCCUACUGCCCACCGCAGUAAACCAAUGUGAUAGGUCAACUCUACCUACUGACAGCGUUUAUUGUUCAAGGUUUGUCAUUUACAUCAUACAACUUUUCAAUUUGAAAAACGAAGACUGCAUAUGUACCACAUGAAUAUAUGUACAUUGCACUUUACCUCUAUACAUGUGCAAACACCACUGGAAUGGCUAAUUGUGUGUUUACAAUUGAUUUUACGAUCACAACUGAAACUGUGUGCAAUCAAUUGUGGUUACACCGCUUUGAAAAUAAUUGCCUUUUAUACAUUUUUUCAUUAAAAUAGUUUCAUAUUAAAACAACUUAGUGGUGAUC